UCCGGGAAAAAUGGUUCACGAUUUCCGCCCCUCGUCUAUAAAUACGCCUUGCUCUUACACUGGAAGCUUCUUUUUCUUUCUCAUUUUCCAGUCUUCCCAUUUUCUCCCCCUCUUUCUCUUUCCCUCUCAAAAUUCACUGAAAUUCUUCUCUGUAGCUCUAGGUUUUCGGUUUUCCUCGCAUUAUCAGUCGCUUGAUGAGAGUUUUAGUAGACGAAGACGAUAUAGAACGUGUUUGCUUUGUGGUUGGCAUCGGAAAUCUGAUCAACUGAGAGCAUUAUUACCAUAAUGGCAUCAGGGCAGCACGAUCCCGAAGCAUCAACAUCAUCAGGUCUACGAGGUUCGACCAGUAGGCCGUCAACAAGUACUGCCACAACAAAUUUCUCGUUGGAAGUCUUUGAUAACGAAGUUGUGCCAUCUUCGCUUGGUAGCAUUGUCCCUAUACUCCGUGUUGCAAGUGAGGUCGAACCUGAACACCCUCGUGUUGCUUUUAUUUGUCGAUUAUACGCGUUUGAGAAAGCUCAUAGAUUAGAUCCAAAAUCCAUUGGUAGAGGUGUACGACAGUUCAAGACAGGUCUCUCCCAGCGAUUAGAACAAGAUAAUGCAUCAACUCUCGUCUACAGGGUUAAAAAGACCGAUGGACGGGAAAUUGAGAGCUUUUACCGGCAAUACUAUGAGCACUAUGUUAGAGCCCUAGAUAAGGGGGAGCAAGCUGAUAGAGACAAACUUGGCAAGACAUACCAGACAGCUGGAGUGCUUUAUGAAGUGCUGUGUGGUGUUUCGAAGACCGUUUCUCCUGAGCUCAUUGCUGCUGCUAAAGAUGUCCACGAAAAGAAGGGAUUCUAUACACCAUAUAACAUUCUACCAUUGGGUGCAGCUGGUGCAUCUCAGGGUAUCAUGCAUCUUGAUGAGGUUAAGGCAUCUGUAGAUGCUCUUGGGUAUACCCGUGGAUUGAGAUGGCCUUCUUCAUUUGAGCAGCGUAGACAAGAAGUAGGAGAGUUGGACCUUUUGGACUGGCUAAGGGCUAUGUUUGGAUUUCAGAAAGAAAGCGUUAAGAACCAAAGGGAGCAUCUACUAUUAAUUCUUGCGGAUGUUCACAUAAGACUAGAGCCCAGGCCUGAACCCCUUAACAAGCUGGAUGGGCGAGCAAUAGAUGCAGUAAUGAACAAGUUGUUUAAAAACUACAAAACAUGGUGCAAAUUCUUGGGAAUAAAGCACAGUUUGCGGCUCCCUGAAGGACGGCAAGAGAUGCAGCAGAGGAAAAUACUCUACAUGGGUCUUUAUCUUCUUAUUUGGGGUGAAGGAGCUAAUGUUCGUUUCAUGCCAGAAUGCCUGUGCUAUAUCUUUCACAAUAUGGCAAAUGAACUUGAUGGUCUAUUAGCCGGAAUUAUCAGCAUUGUAACUGGAGAAAAUAUCAAGCCUUCGUAUGCCGGGGAGGAUGAAGCAUUCCUCAGAAAGGUUAUAAAACCAAUAUAUCGUGUAAUUGAUAAGGAAUCCCAGAAAAGCAAAAACGGAAAAGCACCUCAUUCAGCCUGGUGUAACUACGAUGAUCUGAAUGAGUAUUUCUGGUCAGCUGAUUGCUUCUCUUUGGACUGGCCCAUGCGUGAUGACAGUGAUUUCUUCAAAUCAACGCGGGAUAAGGGGAAACAAGCAACUCAACAAGAAUCUGAAAGCACAGGAAAAUCUUAUUUUGUUGAAACAAGAACAUUCUGGCACAUAUUCAGAAGUUUCGAUCGGAUGUGGACCUUGUAUUUGUUGGCACUUCAGGCUAUGAUAAUAGUUGCAUGGCGUGGAAAUUCACCAUCAGAUAUAUUUGAAAAGGAUAUCUUGUAUCAUGUUUCUACUAUAUUCAUCACAGCGUCUUUCUUGCGCUUCCUUCAAAGUAAGAAUGUUUAUUUCAUGGAUACUCAGAUUUGGUAUGCCAUAUUCUCAACUUUGUAUGGUGGGUUUGUUGGAGCUUUUGAUCGUCUCGGUGAGAUAAGAACGCUCGGCAUGCUAAGAUCGCGUUUCCAAUCUUUACCUGGAGCUUUCAAUGCAAAUUUGGUACCCUCAGACAUGAGUCGGAAAAGGGGUUUCUCUUUGUCAAAGAAAUUUGCCGAGGUUCCAGCAAGUAGGAGAACUGAAGCAGCAAAAUUUGCUCAGUUGUGGAAUGAAGUUAUUGGCAGUUUCAGGGAAGAGGACCUCAUAAAUGAUAGGGAGAUGGAUAUGUUGCUAGUUCCUUAUACAUCUUUCCCCAGCUUAAAAGUAAUGCAGUGGCCUCCCUUCUUGCUUGCUGGAAAGAUUCCAAUAGCAUUGGAGUUUGCAUCUGAAUUCCAAUCCAGAGACUCUGAUCUCUGGAACCGUAUAUGUGCUGAUGAAUAUAUGAAAUGUGCUGUGAUUGAAGGAUACGAGCUUAUUAAACUCAUCCUGGAUCUCCUGGUUGUUGGGGCGAAUGAAAAAAGGAUCGUAGGUACUAUCAUAAAUGAAAUUGAAAGUAACAUAGAGAAGAAUACAUUACUUGCAAAUUUCAGAAUGAAUCAUUUACCCGCUCUCUGCAAGACAUUUGUUAAGCUUCUGGAGAUUUUGAAAGAGGGUGAUCAAUCAAAACGAAAUGUUGUGGUAUUAUUACUACAGGACAUGUUAGAAGUAGUUACCCGUGAUAUGAUGGUUACUGAGAUUCUUGAAUUGGCUGAACUUGGUUACACUUACAGAGAUCAUCUUUUCGCUGCUAUUGACCCAAUACCCGCUAUUGCUUUCCCUCCAGUAGCAACGGCACAAUGGCAAGAGCAGAUAAAGCGUCUCGAACUCCUUUUGACAGUAAAAGAAUCUGCACUUAAUGUUCCAACUAACCUUGAAGCACGUAGAAGGAUUGCGUUCUUUACAAAUUCUUUGUUUAUGGAGAUGCCACGAGCUCCCCCAGUUCGUAAAAUGCUCUCAUUCAGUGUUAUGACUCCUUAUUAUAGCGAGGAGACUGUGUACUCUAAACGCGACCUUGAGUUGGAGAAUGAAGAUGGUGUAUCCAUUAUCUUUUACUUGCAAAAAAUCUUCCCAGAUGAAUGGAACAACUUCAUGGAAAGGCUCAAAUGUAAAAAAUCGAGCGAAGUGUGGGAAAAUGAAGAGAACAUCUUGCAUCUUCGACACUGGGUAUCUCUGAGAGGACAAACACUGUUCAGAACUGUUAGAGGCAUGAUGUACUACCGACGGGCUUUGAAGCUUCAAGCCUUCCUUGACAUGGCUGAUGAAAGUGAAAUUUUGGAAGGCUACAAGGCAGUCUCAAUUCCAUCAGAGGAAGAGAAAAGGAGCCAGAGGUCCCUCUUUGCUCAACUAGAAGCUAUUGCUGACAUGAAGUUUACGUAUGUUGCUACUUGUCAGAAUUAUGGGAGUCAGAAGCGAAAUGGAGAUCGCCAUGCAACAGACAUUCUGAAUCUGAUGGUUAAUAACCCAUCUCUACGUGUAGCAUAUAUUGAUGAAGUUGAAGUAAGUGAAGGUGGCAUUCUACAGAAGGUCUAUUAUUCUGUGUUAAUCAAAGCUGUUGAUAACCGUGACCAGGAAAUUUACCGGAUCAAACUGCCGGGGCCAGCAAAAAUAGGAGAAGGAAAGCCUGAAAAUCAGAAUCACGCUAUUAUUUUUACCAGAGGAGAGGCUCUUCAAACCAUUGAUAUGAACCAGGACAAUUAUUUAGAAGAGGCUUUUAAAAUGCGCAAUCUCUUGGAGGAAUUCAAUGAGGACCAUGGAGUGCGUCCGUCUACAAUUCUAGGUGUUCGUGAGCACAUCUUCACUGGCAGUGUUUCUUCUUUGGCAUGGUUUAUGUCCAACCAGGAAACAAGUUUCGUCACUAUUGGUCAAAGAGUUCUAGCAAGACCAUUAAAGGUUAGGUUCCAUUAUGGGCAUCCCGACGUUUUUGACAGAAUUUUCCAUAUUACUCGAGGGGGCAUCAGCAAGGCUUCUCGUGGUAUCAAUUUGAGUGAAGACAUCUUUGCUGGGUACAACUCAACUUUAAGACGUGGAAAUGUUACCCACCAUGAGUACAUUCAGGUUGGGAAAGGACGGGAUGUUGGGUUUAAUCAAAUUUCACUCUUCGAAGCCAAAGUUGCAUGUGGUAAUGGAGAGCAGAUUCUUAGCAGGGAUAUCUAUCGGUUGGGGCACAGAUUUGAUGUGUUCCGCAUGAUGUCCUGUUAUUACACAACAGUUGGGUUUUAUGUCAGCUCAAUGAUGGUGGUGAUUGUCGUUUAUGCUUUCUUGUACGGGAAGCUAUACUUGUCAUUGAGUGGACUAGAGCAGUCGAUAAUGAAGUUUGCUCAAGUCAGGCAUGAUUAUCCUCUAGAGGCUGCCAUGGCAUCACAGUCCCUUGUUCAGAUAGGCCUGUUUAUGGCGUUGCCCAUGGUAAUGGAGAUUGGACUUGAGAGGGGUUUUAGAACUGCCAUGAGUGACUUCAUCAUCAUGCAGCUUCAGCUUGCAGCUGUGUUCUUCACAUUUUCCCUUGGGACAAAGACCCAUUAUUUUGGACGUACCAUACUGCAUGGUGGUGCGAAGUACAGGGCCACUGGAAGAGGUUUUGUCGUUCGGCAUGAGAAAUUUGCUGAGAAUUAUAGGAUGUAUUCGAGGAGUCAUUUCGUGAAAGGGUUGGAGUUGGUAUUACUGCUGGUUGCGUAUGGGGUAUAUGGUUCUGCCACUUCCGAGUCCCAUGGCCACAGUUACAUGUUUUACACAGCUUCGAUCUGGUUCUUGGUCGUAUCUUGGUUGUUCGGACCGUUUCUUUUUAACCCUUCGGGGUUUGAGUGGCAAAAGAUAGUUGAGGACUGGGAUGAUUGGUCCAAGUGGAUAAAUACUCCAGGAGGUAUUGGUGUUCCAGCAAGCAAGAGCUGGGAAUCGUGGUGGGAUGAGGAACAAGAUCACCUCUAUUUCACUGGGUUCUUAGGCAGGUUCUGGGAGGUUGUUCUUUCCCUUCGUUUCUUUCUAUUUCAGUAUGGGAUCGUGUAUCAUCUACAUGUCUGCAACGGAAAUAAAAGCAUAAUUGUAUUUGGUCUCUCUUGGCUGGUUAUCGUGGCUGUGACGAUCAUCUUGAAGAUAGUGUCUGUGGGUAGGAGAAAGUUCAGCGCAGAUUUUCAGCUGAUGUUCAGACUGCUAAAGGCGUUGAUGUUCGUUGGAUUUAUAGUGAUGGCUAGCAUCCUCUUUAAGUUUCUGAAUCUUACAGUUGGUGACAUCUUCGCGAGCCUUCUCGCUUAUUUGCCAACAGGAUGGGCCCUAUUGCAGAUAUCACAAGCAUGUAAGCCAGUGAUGAAGGCAAUAGGGUUAUGGAGUUCCACAAGGUCUCUAGCCAGGGGAUACGAAUACGGGAUGGGACUCGUUAUCUUUGCGCCUACAGCUGUUCUCGCUUGGUUCCCGUUUGUGUCUGAGUUCCAGACAAGGCUGCUCUUCAACCAUGCUUUCAGUAGAGGCCUUCAGAUUUCACGCAUUCUGGCUGGUGGAAAGAAGCAUGAUUGACAAGGUUGACUACUCAUCCCGAGGAGUCUCGUCUCACGUAUGUCCAGUGAGGGAAGGAGCUGUCUAGCCGGGAAUGUGAAACAGAUGAGCUCUACAGGUCUGUCAUGUAAUGAUUGUACAAGAAAAUAUUGGAGGUUGCACACAAUUUAAAAUUCUUCAUUUAACUCUGUUUUUAGGAUGAUUCUUGUUGUUAAUAUUAAUAAUGUUGAUGGUCAAUUUUGAAGGAUUAUUUACUAUUAAUAAGGACGAUGAUGACGU